CAGCUCCACUCCCGUUCCAUCCGCAAUGUUGGAUUCAAGCUCUAGCUCGGUUUUCUCAGCUUCUUCCACCCCCACUCCUGAGCCAUCUUCAACACUCUUCUCAAGUCUUGCGUCUUCCUUGUCCAAGAGCGCCCCACUCACGACCUUGCCCCCAUCGUCGACAGUUCCCACCCCUUCUGGAUGUACCCCCACCAUUAUUGAUGGCAGUUUCGACAACUUCUCGUAUCCUCCAGAUGUAACGCCGACACUCGGCUACGGUAGCUCGAACGACUGGAGCUACACACGGAGCUUCUUCGAGACCAACGGCGGAUUCUUCGCCAACGCCGGUUUUGGUCCUGCCUAUACUGGGGAUGUCUCUACCUCUGUCUACACUGCAUACACAAACAACACCAACGAUGUAUUCUACGACAUCAAAUACAAGCAUCCUAUCUCCCUUUGCGCUGGCACGUCCUACGAUGUUUCAGGAUGGACGCGUGUCCAUCGCCGCAACUCGCAGUACUCGGAGGGGUGCAGGGUGACGGCCUUCCUCAACGGACAACAAGCAUUCAGCGACCGUGUUGCCUUCUACGACUGGAACUACCGCUAUGUACAUGGAACCAUCACUCCGUCAGCAGACGUCUCCAAUGCAGAACUCUACUUUCGGGUCUUCUGCCGCACACCGCAAAUCGAUCUUAACGCUCCUCGUGGUAUCAAACUUGAUGAGGUGGCCGUCGUGCCCGUCUCGCAGUGGUCGCUCCCUGCCGCAGCCGUGAUUGCCUCCCGAACCACAUCAGUCCGCGACGAUACUACCCCGACGCAGAUCUUCCCGUAUCAGACCCCCUGCCAGCCUACAGACAUUACCGUACCACGCACCGGCUGCCCCCUAUAUGUCGAGCAGCUCGAGGACGGCGGCUUCGAAGUCUGCUCCUACAGCCACUGGAGUUAUCUCGAAGCCGGCACCAGGAACUACACUUUCAACAACCCGCUAGAUCAACAGCUCACAGCCAUUGUCUCUGACGCGCACUCGGGCCAGAACAGCCUGCGACUCGUCUUCAACAGCACCGGUGGCUCGAUUGGAGUGUAUCCCCGCGCAGUCAAUGGGUGUGUCGAGCGCUCGUAUGUGUACUCGUACUGGGCGAAACAGGCGGGUAGUGGCUGCACUGUGCAGUUCUACUGGCGCGACAUCAACACGGGCACGUUUAUUCCUCCGGUCGGUUCGUGGGGUAAAUUCGAGGGGAGAACGGAUCUGGAUUCAACGGGCCCUACGAAAUUGGGCGGAUAUCUUGAGGUCCGCGUUACUUGCCUGGUGGGUGGUUUGGAGAACGCUGUGUUCCUUGACGAUGUCAGUUUCCAGCAGGUGCCGUAUAACGGGCUGGUUGAGUCGCAGUAAUAUGGGCUAAGUAAGAGCUUUCGUUGCGUACUGUUAUAGAUAUCGGCCUUCAUGGCGCUUAGAAACUCAUAAUAAC